AUGCUGCGAUUUUCGUCAAGGAAGUUCUUCGAAAAGCUUUCUUUUUCAGUACGUCUCACACUGAAUCGAUUGUGUUCAUCAGGCGUUGUAAAGUACGACAACGAGAGCCAGGAAGUUCAGCUUGUUUUGGACGGCGGUCAAGUUACUUGCUUUCCAUAUGAAUUUCUGAGAGACAAUUGCCAAUGUCCUCUUUGUUUUCAUGAAACUUCAGGCCAAAGCCUUACUCUCUUACCCGACGUUUUGCAUGAUUCAGACCUUGGAUUUCGCGAUGCGUUGUUUCAGGAUGGACGCCUUGCAGUCAAAUGGAAUUCUGGCCACGAGAGUAAUUUCACUUUAUCGUGGCUGCAAGAGAGGUCUUAUUCAACGCAACGAGCAACACAGAAAGGAAGACAUGCUAUUCCAGGGCUGCAAAACAUUUUAUGGGGAGCAGAGAAAAAAGAUACCAUGCAGUUAUUCGAAUUUCAAGAUGUAAUCAACAACGAUAGAAAGUUGUUUGAAUGGAUGAGAGCAAUAUCCACCGAAGGGAUUUCCUUGUUCAAAAAUGCUCCAAAGAAACCUGGACAGCUAAAAGCUUUAGCAAAAAGAGGAUUUGGAGAUCUUUUUAAAACAAUGUAUGGAGAGACGUUUACAGUUAAAGAAAAGCCGGGAGCCAAUAACCUUGCCUACACAUCUGGUUACCUUGCUUUGCACACAGAUCAGCCGUAUUACAUCUACCAGCCUGGUGUCCAGUUUCUGCACUGUAUUUCUGGAAGUGCGAAGAAUGAGGCUGUUAAUAUACUGGUUGAUGGUUUCAAAGUAGCAGAAGAUUUGAGGAAGGAAAAGCCGGAAGAUUUUGAAGCACUCACGACACUAGCUUUUCCCUAUGAACAGCCCGGCGAUGACAUAUACGGGGAAUUCAUCAUUGCUGCAGACAAAACCCCUAUCGGGAUCAAUGAGCGAGGGGAAAUAGUAAGGAUCAGCCACAACUACCCAUCGAGAGCUCAGUAUAUGAAUUAUCCAUCACAAGAGACAAGAAGACUCUAUAGGGCGACUGGGGUGUUCCUCGAACGGAUGUACGAUCCAAAGUAUCUCUUUGAAUACCAGUUAGAAGAAGGUGAUAUAUUAGCCUUUCAUAACACAAGGGUGCUGCACGGGCGCACACCGUAUGACGCAACUCGUUCUAGUCGAUGGCUGGAAGGAGGCUACGGCAAUUGGGACGACCUCUAUGCAAGAAUGCGAGCGUUGAAGAUAAAAAUGGACAAAGAUAACAGCUGAAAUGUUAUUUUUCUUAUGUUUUAAUGUCUUCUUGGUUCCAUUUGCCUAAUUACCAUUUACAGUAGUUAGAACAUCUCGAUUGACUGAUUCACCUUCUUUUACUAGGUCAUUAAAGAAUACGUUGGCCAAACAAUAACAGGCUCAUAUGCCAUCGACUAAUAUCAUAACUAGGCUGAGAUUUUCCAAAAUGCCAAGCAUUUAACUUACAAAUGCUCAUUAGAUUUCAAACGAAAACUUUCCUAAGAUAAAUAUUUGAAUGAUAGAAAUCCCAAAAAGUAAAUGCGUUUACUAAAUAUCUCGGUUUUUUAUCUGUAAUCACGAUUUUUGGUAAGAAUUACUACCAAUUUAAAAACAAGGGCAUUGCAAACGGCCAACAUUAAAAAAUGCUAAACAACGCGAAGCUGACCUGCGAAAACCAUGUUCUUCUUGAAUAAGCAUGAUUUAAUCUUCUUGAAUAAGCAUGGAUUGACAAAGAGUGAAUCUGAGAAGAGUUUUUUUGUAGCUCAAUUAAAUCAGGAUUGAACUUAGUAUUUCAUUACAGCCAAAUCUUGAUAUAGCAAUAAUUUUUGCGGUUGUUUUUGUUACAUUACACUUAGCUUCAAUGAGCUGGUAGCAUUUUGUGAAACGACAAGCUCCAGUAUAGAAAAACUUUAAAAAUGGCAUUUUUACACCUACCUAGCUAUAGAUGAGUCAUUGUGUAAAAACCCAAUCUUACCCCACUCUGAAACUUUCUGUAUCAAUUUUGUGGUAUGGUUACAAUUUUGUGUACAAAUAGGAGAAUUUGAAAAUUUUUUCAUCAAAAUCAAAAUUGACCCCUGGGCAUGGUCAACAUUUGAAAUCUUGGUGCACUAUUUUUGUAAGUAAACUGGAGAGACAGAAUUUUUGUGUUGUCUAGUCAGAUUCAGAAUUACAAGGGCUUUCAUUUGAUACCAAAAUUUUUGUUGUAGGUGCUACAGAACAGAAACGAUGAGCAUCUGGGUGUGGUCCAAAUGCCCCUGAUUUUGGAAAUUUUGCAAUUUUUGACCCAUCAUAACUUUGAAACAAGUUGACCUAGAAUCCUAAAAUUUUGGGUGUGAGCUUUUCUUAUAGAGCCCUACACUUAUGCAUAUUAUCAGCAAAAUCAAGGGUCACUUUACAAGCUGGGUACACUUGAUAUGGAAUAUCCCAUGUGCCCUCUGCCACCAGUGGUGAAGCUAGAGGACAUGCAGGUCAUGCGAAGCAUGACCAAAAAGAUUUCCAGAAAAUUAUUUUUUACUCUAAGACAAAAUCUCUAGAUAGUUUAGAUGGGGUUUUUUCACAUUGAAAGUUCUCCAAAAUCAAAGAAAAUUAUUCUUUGCGUACUUUUAUGUAACUCUGUAGGCGCAAACAUAGGGUUCUACAUUUGAAACUCAAUAACGCUCAAGGGUUUCCAAUUUAGUCAUGCAAAUAUCACAGGGAUCCCAAUUUAGUCAUGCACUUUCAAAUGUGCAUGACUAAAACCCUAUGUUUGGUCAUGCAAAACCACGCGAAACAAUGGAAACAGCCCUGAAAACAUGAUGAUUAUUACGUUUUAGUCAUGCACUUUUGGAAUGGCAUGACCAUGACCUUGAUCGCAUCGUUUCCCUGUUCGAGUUCAGGGUUGCCAACUGGCCUACUGGGAGGCCAAAUUUGAGAAAUCUGGCCUUUUUUAAGAAUGCUUGGCUACGAAAUUUUACCAUUGGCCUCUUGCCUCAUUUAGGCUAUUUUUUGGCUUCCUAGAGGAUAUUCGAAAAUGAGAUUAAAACCCCAUAAAAUCAUAAAAUGGAUAAUCAUAAUAUGUCUAUGGACCAGACAGACAUUUGAGGUGGCAUUGAUUAAAUCCAAAUGGAUCAGAUUGAUUUAAUCCAAAUGGUUCAGAUUGAUUUAGUCCAAAUGGUUCAGAUUGAUUUAAUCCAAAUGGAUCAGUGUCUGAAUUUCUCAUGGAAUGACGUGAAGUCAUUGCUAUACUUUAUUUUUUCAACAUUUUAUUGACUUACUUUUUGAGUAUUCCCUUUAAUAACUGGGCCUCCGACGAAGGAGGGGCCGAGUGACCAUGCCCCCCACUUUCCUCCAAAACAAUAGAGCUUUUUUUCAAAAUCUCCUGCCAUGGCUGCUAAAGUUUCCCUUAGCUCCCCCUCCUCCCCUCUUUCAACCUGUGUCCGUGCCCAUGGAUAAUUUAUUUAAAUAGAAUUUGCAAACAAUCUUUUAGUAGUACAAAACUUACGUUUUCGACCUAUGUUCUAACGUUUAAUGCUCUGAAGAGUACUUAAAUAGAACCUUUAGUAUGACUGAAAAUGUUUGCUUUUUUCAAACCCAUUUUGAAAUAGAAUUGGCAUAUUUUUAGUAAUCAGUAACACGCAUAAGCGGAGAGAUUGAUCUACACAAUUGUAAAAAGUUACAAUUCGAGUUUCUAAUUCAUGUCGACCAAGUGGCAAGGUAGAUAUUACAGUGCAAGGAAGUACAAGAAGUCUUAGGAAGCGCAAUAUGUUUGGCUUACAGAGUCUGUUGAUGGAAAGGGCAACGGAUACACUGCAAACAAAGCUUGCUUUUACUGCGCCUGCGCAUUAUGACGUCAUUGUGUUAUGGGUAAAUUUGGCCUAUUUUGAUGUGACUUGGCCUAUUUUCGUAAACGGUUUGGCUACUUAGUACCCAUACCACCUGGCAACCCUG